GAUAGUUAAUUUGUUCGCUGUCAUUCCUAUUGGCACGUGAAGACAUUUCAGCACUGGACAGCGCCUGUGUGAAUGGGCAGAACUUCCUAAGUACAUAACAGAUUGUGUGUCCUCAGUAGAGAGAGAGAGAGAGAGAGAGAGAGAGAGACGUGGACGGAUCGAGCGCUUGACGCAUAACACCGCCUCCUCGGCUCAGAAGGUGGAAAUCCUGCCCUAGUUUAACACAUUCAGUGCACUUCGUUUACCAGGGUACCAGAGUACCUUACACUGCGCACUCGUUCUACAUUCAGCCUUCCAAGACAGGAGAUCUUCUAAACGAAUUCGCUGGUGCACCUGUUUAAGAAGUGCUUCUCAAGUAUGAAUUGCUGAGGGAUUUGUCUUGCCAGUCGAGCUCCAGCUGUAUCACCCCGGGCAUCAUAUCAUCCGUCACGUUCACGAGAGAGGCGACAGACACCGCGAUGGAUCCCUGCUGAUGUUCAGGGUCCACGAUGGAUUCCUGCGUGUCUACUUCAACAAUCCCAUAUAACGGAAUCAUAAAUGGAGGAGGAGAGUGACAGCCGCAAAAUUAACAACAGCUUCCUUCGGGACCACAACUAUGCAACCGAAGCUGACAUCAUCUCUACUGUGGAGUUCAACUCUACUGGAGAGCUCUUGGCCACAGGAGACAAGGGAGGAAGAGUUGUGGUUUUCCAAAGGGAACAAGAGAGCAAGAACCAGCCUCACAGACGUGGGGAGUAUAAUGUUUACAGCACCUUUCAGAGUCACGAGCCGGAGUUUGACUACCUGAAGAGUUUAGAGAUUGAGGAGAAAAUCAACAAGAUACGCUGGCUGCCUCAGCAGAAUGCUGCCUACUUCCUGCUCUCCACCAAUGAUAAAACUGUGAAACUGUGGAAGAUCAGUGAGAGGGAUAAAAGACCGGAGGGAUAUAACCUGAAGGAUGAAGACGGAAGAAUCAGAGACCCGGCCACCAUCACCUCGUUACGGGUGCCAGUGUUGCGGCCCAUGGACCUCAUGGUUGAGGCCACACCUCGGAGAGUAUUUUCCAAUGCGCACACAUACCACAUCAACUCCAUCUCUGUCAACAGCGACUAUGAGACCUUUAUGUCCACUGAUGACUUGAGGAUCAACCUGUGGAACCUAGAGAUCACAAACAGAAGCUUCAACAUUGUAGACAUAAAGCCAGCGAACAUGGAGGAGCUGACGGAGGUGAUAACAGCAGCAGAGUUUCACCCUCACCAGUGCAACACCUUCGUCUACAGUAGCAGUAAAGGCUCCAUACGUCUGUGUGACAUGAGGGCAUCAGCGCUCUGUGACAACCACUCAAAAUUUUUCGAGGAGCCAGAAGACCCAAGCAAUCGCUCCUUUUUCUCUGAAAUCAUCUCCUCCAUCUCUGACGUAAAGUUCAGCCACAGUGGGCGGUACCUGAUGACACGGGACUACCUGACAGUGAAGGUCUGGGAUCUCAACAUGGAGAGCAGACCACUGGAAACCUAUCAGGUCCACGAUUACCUAAGAAGUAAGCUGUGUUCGCUGUAUGAGAAUGAUUGCAUCUUCGACAAAUUUGAAUGUGUUUGGAAUGGAUCAGACAGUGUGAUCAUGACCGGCUCUUACAACAACUUCUUCCGAAUGUUCGACCGUAAUACGAAGCGUGACGUGACUCUGGAGGCGUCCCGGGAGAACAGCAAGCCUCGGGCGAUCCUGAAACCAAGGAAGGUGUGUGUGGGAGGAAAGCGUCGCAAAGAUGAAAUCAGUGUGGACAGCCUGGACUUUAGCAAGAAAAUCCUCCACACUGCCUGGCAUCCUUAUGAGAACAUCAUCGCUGUGGCAGCCACCAAUAACCUUUACAUAUUCCAAGAUAAGGUCAACUAGCACAACUGUACCGCCUCCUCACGUACCUGUAAAGAGAGAGAAAGAGGAAUAAAAUGCUGCAGCUUGGCAGGAGAUUGCAAGUUGUCUUUUGUGAUGAGAAACAGGAAGUUACCUUUGAUGUAAGGAGAAGUAUGGACAGAUGCUGACCUUGUGCAAGGAAGCAGCCAGACUUUCACACACAAGUAGCAUCCUGCCCUGCACAAUCAUUCUUCCUCAAUUAAGUAUCUGCAGUUCCUCUUCUGAAAACGUGUUUAUUUAUCAUAUUUAUUCAUUUCUCUGCUGGAAGAAAAUGCCUGACUCUUUAAAUCUGGACAAAUGUACAUUUUCACUCCAAUGAUAUGAAGAAUCUUUAAUAAGGCAAAAAGACAGGCCUUCGCUGACAUCCUGGCAUUGGAAACAAAGGGGUGCCUUUACAAAAAAAUAAAAUAAAAACACAAUGGAUUUCCAUUCUUUUUGAAACACAGUGCCCUCCAACUUCCUCUGAAAUGUCUGACUGACUCGUAAUAGACUAAGAAUGUGAUCUGCGCUGAUUGUAGUGUUGAAACAAACAAUCUGUGGAUGGAAUCACAGUCCCUUGCGAACUGAUUAUUCCUCUUGAAAGGAGCUCUGUAGUACAAGUCAAUCCCACUGGUCAUGUUUUGUCAUUUCACGUUGUCCUCUUAUUUUGAUGUAACCAUUAAUAAGCUGUGGUGCCUUCUUUUCAUAUUUGGAUACUUGGGCGGCAGAAGGGGUGGAGGGUGGUAGGGGUUUCAGAAGGGUGGAUUUCGGGUUGUGAAGUGUGAAUGUUUUUACAAGAAAUGUGAAAAAUAGCUUCGUGUAAGAAGGGAAAAGAAUUGCAGCGACAUUGAUUUUCAGUACGCAGAAAUUAAGUACUUGAAUUUUGCAUAAUACUCUCCACUUUAUCUCAGUAUGCUCAUAACUUAACAGUAUACCCUGAUUUUUUUUCUUCAGUGCAGUGGUGGGUGAAAAGUUUUAUUGCAUGCAACAUGUCAUCUAUAAUGAGUCAAUGAAGAAAAUAUCUGUUCGGUACCAUCAAAUGAACCUUUAACAAUCAGAUGUCAUCUUUUCCAUUGUUUCCACUGCAUUUGUCUGAGACUGUUAAAACGUCAUCGUUCAGUUAGGUCACUUUGGCCUGAGGAUGACAGAAAUACUGGUAUCAUGAUGUAGCCUAUACAUGAAGGUUAAAUGAUAUCAGGGAAUUUUAUUAUGUACAAAUGAACCAGUAAUGUUCUCUUCUGAAGAAAACAAAAACCUUCAAAUGUAAACUUCUUAAUGACACAAAAGUUUUAUAGCUCAGAAUGUAUCUACAUGCAACUAUUUGCCAUGCAGUCUUUAUGCUUAAUGGAAUUCAUUGAAAAUAAAAAGAAACGAAAAAG